CCUUUCUUUUGUCUGCGUAAUGAUUCUGUGAGGAAUGGUGAGAGGAUUUGCAGUUGUUUGAUCUAUAACAACAUAUACAUAUAGACAGUUUAGCUUCUAGAGACACGGAGCUGAUCUGUUCAACUAUGUCUGGACUCAAACCAUCUCGAGACUGUGUCCAUUUGAUCGCCGGGACUUGCAUCUACUACACAGCGGCACCUAUACUUUACGCUGGUACCAUAUUCAACACCAUACGCCUGACCUAUCAACUGGCUUUCACCUUCAAGAAAAAGAGCCAGCAGGAUGCUGAUGGCCCAGAGAGACAAGCCCAGCGGCGUCGGGCUCGCCUCACCAAGAACCUCCGAGCACAGCUACAAGAAAUAGAGAUCGAAAAGUUGAAUGCACGAGGGAUGGGGAAUAUCAAAGACCACUGCCCAGAGUCAGAAAUAUGGGCAUCUGUUGAUGGAAGAUCCACAGUUUCAAUGGUUGGGCGUGUGACCUGAAGUGCAAAGAAAGAUUGGAGUCACGAACGGGACAGACAUGAAUGUCGAUAACGGAAUCAAGGAUAUGGACGCACACGCCAAGGAUGUCGGGAACAAGCAAUCAAGGCGUUCACGAAAAUGGGUAGUAGAGGAUGAUGCUUCGACAUGUCACGUGUGACAAUUGAAGCAGCUUCAAUUCGGUAUCCGGGGGCGUAGGCCUGGAGUUCGAAGUUCGAAGUCUCGUCGAGACCAAGACUCCGCGCUCAGUAUCUUACGACAAGAGUGGCUGUUGCAACUAGUAGAUCUAAGAUAAGUGUUAGCCCUUGUUCAUCCACAAGUUGGAAGCACAAAAGAUAGUUUGACAAGCGAGAU